AUGAAAGUAGCAGACGAACUGGGUGGAACAGAAGCAAACAAGGAAAUGAUUGAGCCAACCACAGAGCCUCAGAAAGAGAACAUUCUCUCAGACUGGGUCAAUGAUCCUGAAAAUGCUAAGAACUGGUCGACAAAGAAGAAGCUGUACAACACUGCUGUUCCCGCCGUAUCACACAGUUCAUUCGGCCUCGCAAUAUACUCACCAUCGCAUGAAUCCGUCAAACAUUCCUUCCAAACCAGUACGGUACUCUCGCUCCUCCCAUUCACUUUAUACGUCUACGGCCUCGCAUUUGGCCCCGCAGUCUCAGCUCCUUUAAGUGAGACUUUCGGCCGGAGAUUUAUUUACGUUUUCGUGACCCCGAUCGCCUUGCUCUUCAUCUUGGGUGCCAGUUUCGCAAACAAUCUCGCCGCUCUCGCCAUCUGCCGUCUCCUAGCAGGCAUCACAAUCUCUGCGCCAUUGGCUGUGGGCGCGGGGACUAUCAUGGAUAUGUGGACAGGCGUCAACACAAAUCGCGGAGUGGUGUUGAUUAUGACCAUUGCGUUUUUGGGACCAGCACUGGGGGAGCUAGUUGGCGGUUGGGUUGCUCAGUACAAGAACUGGCAGUGGUCGCAAUGGACGACCCUGUUCCUAGGUGCUGCCUUCUGGAUCUUUUCUACGGGAGCGCAAGAGACAUAUGCAGCCCCGCUAAUGCGUCGCAAGGCUAAGAAGCUGGGACUUCCGCUACCCCCGUCGCCUGUCCCUGCUGGCCUUGCCGGCGCUCGUUUCUUGGUCACUGUCACUCUAGCGAGGCCACUGUACAUGCUUGUCCCUGCCAUUCCGCUCAUCUUCAGCACUACCUACAGCUUUACCCCAGGAGAAAGUGGAUUGGUACUAAUUGGAAUUGCUGUUGGAUGUAUCCUUGGGGGUAUUGUGCUGGUGCUUCUUGAUUCUCAUACUAUGAGAAGACACGUCAUCAAGCACAAAGCUGCAUUGCCACCACCGGAGCGAAUGCUUUGGGGUGCCAUGAUAGGAGGCCCCCUCAUGGCUGGUGCAUUGUUCUGGUUUGCAUGGACGGCCCGGCCAGGCAUUCAUUGGAUAAGCAGCAUAGUGGCUACAGGUCUAUUUGGCUUCUCUAAUAUUUUGGUCUUUGUCUCGACAAUGCUUUAUUUGACCAACGUCUACGGUGCUAAAUACGGAGCAUCAGCGCUGGCAGCUAAUGGAUUACUACGAUAUGUUGUUGGAGGCUCUUUCCCAUUGUUUACAAUUCCAAUGUAUAACAACCUGGGCUAUCCAUGGGCGUCAAGCUUGCUCGGGUUUAUAGCAAUCGCAUUCGCCUUCUUGCCAUGGAUUUUCUAUGUGUUUGGCAGCAAGGUCCGUCAGUCUAGUGCAUAUAUCCAGUAA